UGAAGGACGAAUGACGUGUAACGGAAUCUGUCUUUGAGACGGAUCAACAACUCGGCUGCAUGUCUCGCUAAUAACUGCCAUCAUUAUUUGACCCAAGCCGUUGCUGGUCACAGCUGAUGUCAGCACCUUAGAUCUAAGUCUUGUGUUUUGGGCAAUGUUAAAAACUGAGACGGCGUUGACAUAGAGUCCCACUUCUAGACACGGGCGCUGAAUGCCAAGCAAACCAAUAAUAUUAACGGCCUUUAAGUGAUUGUAAACCCUAAAUUUUAAUAUUGUUCAUACAUUUAGUGGCUUACAUCUAACACUGGACUCUUUGAUAUAGGUUGGUUUGAAAAAAAAAAAAAAUUGAUUGUGAUCGACUGUGUCUUCACUCACUGAAUACUUCAAAUACUUUCGGUUUGUGGCGUUAUUUUUUUUUUAAAAAUGAUUCUAGUUUAUUAUUAUAGUUUUAUGAUUUACUUCGAAUAAUCUACGCAUGUAAUCAUGAGCAAAAUUCAAACAAAAUAAUUUCAUUCCGACUUUGAUUCUUUUAAGUUGAACUGCAAAGUACCGUUAGAGUAUGAAUUUAGAUGCCACUUUUGGCUAUCUAUAUAUAAUCUUGCAUGCCAACCAGCGUGCCAACCAGCAUGCCAACCAGCAUGCCAAACAGCAUGCCAACCAGCAUGCCAACCAGCAUGCCAACCAGCAUGCCAACCAGCAUGCCAACCAGUGUGCCAAUCAGCAUUGCAGCCAGCAUGCCAGCCAGCAUGCCAACCAGCUUGCCAACCAGCGUGCCAACCAGCAUUCCAACCACCAUUCCAACCAGCAUGCCAACAACCAUGCAAUCCAAGCAUCGCAACCAAUGUGCCAACCAGCAUGCCCACGAACAUUCAAACCAUCAUUCCAACCAGCAUGCCAACCACCAUGCCACCAAGCAUUCCAACCAGCAUGCAUCAACGCAGAAACAUGGGAAAUGUAUUAGUAACAUUUUACGAUAGUGUUACGCCUGUGUAGACUUCAACGUUAAUUUCUUUCAAAUGAGAAUAACUUCUUUUAACGCCGCCCCCCCCCAACCCCCCUCACCCCCCCCCCCCCCCUUUCAGGUUUCUGAGAAAGCUUCUGAAAUGUCAAUAACGUCCACCCUCUUCUUGAUUUUCCUUCCGGCCCUGACCUUGCAAAUAAGCCUGAAACCUUACGACCUGACGGCGACAAACAUGUUCAUCGAUGUUGACAUCGACCUCAGCAGCUUCAUCGACCAAAACGAGGUGGAUUACUCUUUCAGGGUAUGUGACUCUUUCAGGGUGUGCGACUCUUUCAGGGUGUGCGACUCUUUCAGGGUGUGCGACUCUUUCAGGGCGUGUGACACUUUCAGGGUGUAUGAAUCUUUCAGGGUGUGUGAAUCUUUCAGAGUGUGCGACUCUUUCAGGGUGUGUGACUCUUUCAGAGUGUGUGACUUUUUCAGGGUGUGUGACUCUUGAGGAUGUGUGACUCUUUUAGGGUGUUUGACUCUUUUAGGGUGUGUGACUCUUUCAGGGUGUGUGACUCUUUCAGGGUGUGUGACUCUUUCAGGGUGUGUGAAUCUUUCAGGGUGUAUGAAUCUUUCAAGGUUUGUCACUCUUUUAGGGUAUAUGACGCAGACUUCAGAUUAAGUUUACUCUCUCAGGGAAUGUGACGCCGACGUCCGAGACCAUUGUGCCCUGAAAUGUGCUCCGCCACCGUGCUGACGCUGCUUUCACACGUUAGCGUCACGAAAUAUUACAUUUUAUCGCGCAAUUUUUACAUUUUAUUGCGCAAUAUUACAUUUUAUCGCGCAAUAUUACAACAUUUUAUCGCGCAAUAUUAUAACAUUUUAUCGCGCAAUAUGACAACAUGAGUCUGUUAUUGUGAUUAGUAGAACGGAUGCGUUUGUUAUUGUGAUUAGUAGAACGGAUGAGUUUGUUAUUGUGAUUAGUAGGACAGAUGAGUUUGUUAUUGUGAUUAGUAGGACAGAUGAGUCUAUUAUUGUAAUUAGUAGGACGGAUGAGUCUUUUAUUGUGAUUAGUAGGACAGAUGAGUUUGUUAUUGUGAUUAGUAGGACAGAUGAGUUUGUUAAUGUGAUUAGUAGGACAGAUGAGUUUGUUAUUGUGAUUAGUAGGACAGAUGAGUUUGUUAUUGUGAUUAGUAGGACGGGUGAGUUUGUUAAUGUGAUUAGUAGGACGGAUGAGUUUGUUAAUGUGAUUAGACGGACGGGGGAGCCUCUACCUUUUCACCAAUAUUUUAACUAAACUUAACACAAUCCUCUUUAUUUCCUUAUCUAAAUUUGUUGUUUUUUUUGCGCGACUUCCAAAAACUUUUAUCUCACAAACCAUCUAAAUCCAGGUAAAUGAGUUUCAAUUUCUCCGCAGUUUAACACUUAGAGGAUGAUAUUCAGUUUUUAUGACAUCCAAAAUCAUUGAAAUCAUUGCUCUUUAAUUUGAUUUUCCAUAGUUUGCUGCCAAAAAACUAUUACAAACUAAACAUCCUUCACUUGAAGAACUAUUUGAAGAAAGAUGGUUUUUGUAAAACUAAACACAUUUUGGAUGAUACGUCCCACCCUCUUCAUCACAGAUACUUAGGAUCGGGCCGUUCGGAACGAAUUCUUUCCAUCAGGGCGAGGACUGACCGAUAUAAAAAUUCUUUUGUUCCCCAAUCUGUACGAAUUUACCGGCGUGCUUCCUCUGAAGUCACACAUCUGAAUGAGAACUAAUAAGUCCCCGAUAUUGCUAAGAGAACUCACUGAAAGGCUGUUUGAAGUAAUUUAUUAUAAAUGUCUUGUGUUCAAAUUGUUUUAUUUUUGUGCUGAAAAUGUGUAAUGCAAUCAAAAAACAUUUCCAUUUAUUUGGAUCAAUAAAAGAAUCGUAUCUUAUCCUAUCUUAUACAAUGAUAUUCAUCUUUAUUCUUGUCAUCUGGGUUUUGAAAAACCUAACUUUCGGAAAUAACAUUAAUGGCGAACGCAUUAAGUUUUUGAACAACAUUACUGCUUGUUAUUUAUUCAUUUGUCCUGCCUGCCGAACAAGGCUCUUAAGCAAAACGUUUUUUUUUUAAAAAAAAAUAGUCCCGUCUUUCUAUCUCAAGCUUCCAUAUAUCUUCUUCUGUUAUUUUCUUUGACUGCAGCAGUCGAUGCAGAUAGAGCACUUUUGUUAUCUAUUAUGUUGAAUUUAAAUCCAUCAAUUUCUGUCCAUAUUAUCGCUUUGAAAUCGAUAAACUUUAAACAUACUGAAGACUGCUGACUAAUAAUUGUUUCAAGCAUCAAUAAGUCAGCUUCAUACUUUGAUUAAAUAGACAUGUCAGGGCGUUUUAAAAUCGAUAAACCAAUUCAAUUAAAUGUCCACACGUGCUCUGAAACGGUUUGGAUCAUUGAGGGGAAAAAAACAACAACAAUUACAACAAAGCCCAAAAUAAUAUGUUAUACUCUCCAACCCCAGCAAUACGACACCAACAGCAAUGGACGGGUCAGCCGCACUGAGUACAUCCAGCACCUAAAUCAGCACAUUCCGUCCAUGGCUCCCAUCGCGCACGCCCUCUACGACAUCUACGACGUGGACAACGACGACCAGCUGGACCGCCACGACUACGACUUUUUCUUCCGCCUGCUGGACGGCGACGUCGACGGGCUGGUCAGCCACUUUGAAUACGUCAGGUGAGGCGGAUAAAAUGAUGGGUUAAGUGUAGCAUUAGGGUUAGGAUUAGGGUUAAGAUUAGGGAUAGGAUUAGGGUUAGGAUUAGGGUUAGGAUUAGGGUUAAGAUUAGGGUUAGGGUUUGGAUUAGGUUUGGGCAUAGAUAAGUUCUUCGUAAGAACUAUCUACACAAACAUCUAUUUUUUUUCUACUGAUGAAGACUUUUUAUUCGAAAUUUACAUUGUUUAGUUUUGUGAUUUUUCAGGUUUUCCUGUGUUCUAUGUAUUAUAUUUCAGGUUUUUACCUAUCCUUUAUGUUAUGUUUCAGGUUUUUACCUAUCCUUUAUGUUAUGUUUCAGGUUUUCCCCUAAUUUGUAUGCUAUAUUUCCGGUUUCUUACCACUCUCUGUUAUGUUUCAGUCCCCCACCACUCUGUUAUAUUAAUGGUUUCCGCCCAAUCUUUCUAAUAUUUCAGGUUUUCCCCCUCCCUGCUCUAGAUGUAUAUUUCAGGUUUCCCCCUAUCCUGUAUGUUAUAUUUCAGGUUUUCCCCUAUCCUGUAUGUUAUAUUCACAGGGAUUGAGCCUGAACUUUGUCCUCCCCAUAUUACCCUCAACAUAACAGCUGGAUCUGAGGACGAGCAACUAUCUAAAUUCUCAGCGGAAGCUGGCUGUAAUGCGAUACUUGGGUUCCAUAAAAAUAAUCGUAAUCGUAUCGCGUUGUUAAAAAAAAAAAAAAUCGAGAAGGUAUCGCGUUGUUAAAAAAAAAAAAAAGAGGGGGGGGGGGGUUAGAAAGAGAGAGAGAAAAGGGACUAUUCUGGAACCCAUCCCUCAAACUCAUUAUAUUUCAAAAGUCCUUCAGUUUAUUUAAAAAAAACCCAGGUAGGCUUGAAAAUUUCAACGUUCGCAGAAGGCUGUCCGUAAGAUGGUGUCUUGCAUAAUUAAAUAUGGCAAUGACAAACCGUUUUAAAAGCAACACACUGGUAUGCAUUCAUCUAAAGAACUCUUAUCAUUUCAACAAGCUGCAAUACAUCAGUAAGGCAGGGGCAGGUUGGGUUUUUCAAAAAAAUAUUUACCAGAAAGAUGUGUUGCUUUUACUCAAACUAUUUCAUCCAAACUUUCACGCAAGCAUGGUUGCCCCGAGUGGCAUAUGUGCCCAGCAUAGUUGCCCCGGGUGGCAUAUGUGCCCAGCAUAGUUCCCCCGAGUGGCAUAUGUGCCCAGCAUAGUUGCCCCGGGUGGCCUAUGUGCCCAGCAUAGUUGCCCUGAGUGGCAUAUGUGCCCACUAUAGUUGCCCUGAGUGGCAUAUGUGCCCAGCAUAGUUGCCCUGAGUGGCCCUUUGAGCCAAGCAUAGCUGCCCCGAGUGGCAUAUGUGCCCAGCAUGGUUGCCCUGAGUGGCCCUUUGAGACAAGCAGCCCCGAGUGGCAUACGAGCCAAAGAGUAACGUGAACAAUUGUUCUGUUUUUCAGAUACUGGUCCAUCCUGUUUACUGAUCUCGAGCACCUACACACAAGAAAGUAGUACGGCCCUACGAACACACAGGCUAUCCUUGAGAUGAGCCAACAAGAUAACAGCUCAAAUAGAAAGACUUUUACUAAUAGGGACUUCCACGACUAGGACGGAUUGAAGCUGUAUGUUUUGUCUGAUAAAAAUUUAGACAACGUAAAUUGGUGUCUCGGUUGAAAAUUAAAUGGCGAAGUUAUUUGAAUUUUUUAAAUGCUUUGGAUCAUGACGUCAUUUUAAUCGCAGCGAAGUUUUUUUUUGUUUUGUUAUG